UCAUGCGCAGAGACGCGCUCGUACUACUGAGGCUCACUCACACUCCAAUUCAUUCGCAGUUAGAUUCAUGUCCAGACCGUCACAACUGAAGCCCGUUUAUAUUCGAAAGCUCUUGCGCCUAGACAUUCACGGCGGACAGGCCCAUGCAAAUAGAUGCACAUAUGGGGAGCUCCACGCAGUGAAUAAUUCCCCUCCUGAAAGAAGUGCGCGAUGCGGCCCGUCUGCUUUCGUCUGUCAGAUGAGCAAUGCCGCGUCCCUCCAUCCAACGCUCGCGUCCGCGGCAGCCGCGGAGCCGUUGGCGGGAGGGAAGCCGUACCAGGACAAGCUGCUAUGGCCAAUGGGCACGUAGUUGUAGAUCAGCGCUCCGCGUUCGUCGUUGGCCGAAGGGAAGCGAUGAUCGUUCUUGCGCGCCUCGUUGACCAGAAAGUUUGCAAAGUACUGCAUCGAUUCGAUCGCGUGGGCUCCAUGGUUGAUGCCGCCUUCGUCGGCGUCCCAAGAGAAAAUCGGCCUCUCUGGAUGCCACUGGACGCCGUAGAUUGGGUACUGCCUGGCUUCCACGGUCGAGACGAAAGGCUUGCCCUUCCUGUCGCGGUUCGUGGACAGCACCCGGAAGAGCAGAGAGAGGCGCUCGUUAGUGGCGUACGUCGCCGGCAGCACGCCGUCAUGGUGGAGGUUGCUCGUGACGUUCUCCGUGGUCACCCACCCGAGAACGUGCGCCGGCAUCCUGCCCAGCAGGCGCGAGGAGGGCGCGGCCCGCGUGGCCUCCAGCGGCAGCGACAGCCCCUCCGAGUCGUAGGCGGACGUCUCCAGCACCGACGCGUCGCCCGCCGCCACGAGGAUGGAGAGCGUCUGUAUGCCCAUGCAGGUGCCCCAAAGAGGAAUGUAGGUUCCUGCGCGAUUGGCCGCAAUCGUCAAAUUGAACAGAAGCGCUGCCGCGUGCAGAUACUGCGCGGCGCUGCGCGUAGCCGUGUGCCUGAUGUCCACCUCGCCGCCCGUGAAGAACACGGCGUUGACAGAGUGGAACGCCUCCUCCAAGGCCUGAUCCGUCGAGUCGUACAAGAUGGGGACCACUCGCCCUCCUGCCCCCUCGACGUACUUCGCGUACAAGGCGAGGAAGCACGAGCCACCCACGACCACGUCGUGCGCCGCCUGAGAUCCUUCAGAACAGCGAUCUGGCCCCGGACGCUGGGCCCAUUUCCCCCUGGCGGAGCGCUCCAGGGGCGGCGCCAGAGACGCCGCUGCAAUGCGGACGCGGCCGCAAGACACCCUCGCAAGGAACCCAACCCUGAAAACCCGCGCGCGACGUACACCCGAGGGGAACCCGGAGCACCCUGAACGCAGCAGCCUCUUUGACGGCCGCGGGAAGUCACCGCGCAGCGCGCGGAGCGAAGAAGCCCAGGGUACCCUGACGAAGAGCGGAUGGUUUCUUGAUGCACGCCCCAGGAGAUCUGCGCCGAUCCAAGAGAUCUGUGCGGAGCUUCGAGUUUACGUGCGGCUGUGCUGCCUCUCCUCGCCUUCUUCUUCUUCUUCUUCUUCUUCCUCUUCUUCUUCUUCUUAGUAUUAUUAUUAUUCUUCUUCUUCGGCAGGUCGCCGAGCCGAAGGACCCCAAGGUACGAACCACUGUGCGCCGCCCUCUCUGGCACCGUCACGCAAGGACUCCCCAGACGGGGCACCGUCAACACGCCCACGAUCGGACUGGUGGACACGGCCCAGCGGGGGAGCAGCAGCGCCAGCAGCAGCGACCGCCGCGGCGGCCGCCCGCCCUGCGCCAUGGGCCGGCCUCGGCCCCCGUGUCGGGCUCCUCGCGCGCCGAGGGCGGGCCAACCUGGAAGACGGAGGCGGCCUGAGCCGGAAGCGGAGGCU